AUGUCUUGGGAUGUGCGUCCUGUAUCAUUCAGCCUGAUUUUUCCUCGACGUAGUCCGGUUGGCUUCUGCUCCUCCGAAUGCGAACAGGCGACAUGGACAAUGGAUUGGCACUCGGGGCAAGCCGAAUCACCUGGAGAAAUGGUGAACAGGCCGGAGCUCGAUCAGUUCCACCGAUUCGAGUGUGGGCAACGUAAGCGAAUCAUGCUGACCGACGUGGGCGGUUUGCAGUGGCUCAAGUCGAUCGACAGCGCCGCAACGGCUUCCGCGACGCUACAGCGCUAUCGCAAGUGGUUGCGCAAGGUUGAUCCUAUCCAAUCCGAUGCCCUGAAUAUUCGCGAUGUAUUGUUGGCAUUCGCGUGUGUCGCUCGCACUCACUGGCGUACCAUUUGGAGAUUGGUGAAGGACCUGCCAAAUGAAGAAAUCCACAAUCCUACACAAUCGGGAUGUCGAGCGAAACGAUCAUCUUCCCUGUUCGCAUUUUCUGGCCAGGAGACCAUGUCAGCUGCUGGUAUUCAGAUGGGAACAUAUGAGUCCGUGAGUUGGAGACGUGCUGGAUACCAAACGCGUUCUGCGGAAGACUUGUGGCAACGAACAGUGGCUGCAGUAUUCCUGGCCCAUUGCCUCUCCGCUGGUGGCUACCCACUGGAUUGGCAGGAUGAUCCUAUGUUGAAUCCCGCAAUGGCUCACACAGACGCCAAUCGCUCCACACUCCCGGCAUCUUGGGCUGCUGCUUGUCUGUUAUAUCACCUGCAAUCAGUUCCAUGUUCAGCCCACGGCAGGACAAACAUAUGGUACGAGGAGCAAUAUUCGGAGGCGAGCUCACCUGGAACCGACUGGGAUCGAAUUGAAAUCGGUUCAGUAGCCGGCGGAAUAUAUUCUAUGUUAACUUUGGUCUCAAACUCUUGUCACCAGAACAGCGUCAUCAUUACAAUGGAUGGGAUCGGUGAAGGUUUAUUUGCACGCAGGACGAUUAAAGCCGGAACGGAGAUUACACUGAGCCUCGGCAACAGGUAUGACAGCACUCCGAAACAGGAGCGACGCAACAAAUUACGCAAGCGGUAUGGCAUUGAUUGCCAGUGUAUAGCAUGUCGCCAUAACUGGCCCCUGGAAAAUCCAAUGAUAUUCACACUCCGGUGUCAGUGUUGCGGGAGGCAGAUUGCAAUGUAUGGAUUCAAGCCGGCAGCUCACGAAGGUCCUUCUGGAUGCCGAUGCCCAAUGCGCAUCAAGCACGCUCAGGUGUUGGCGAGCGCAUUGCUCCACGAUCAGCUGAUCGCCAAACGGUUCUCUGUUAUCCGCACUUUUGAACGCAUUCCUUUUCAUCAGAUAUCCGCCUCUACAUUGGACAAGUGCAUCGCCGAAGUUGUGCAGGAAAUCAAGAAGGUCGAAGAGCAGGACUUUUUUCAGGAGCCAUGUGACACUUUAGGUGUUCUGGAAGAUUUGCUUCGUCAGCUGCUGAAUGCUCGUCAUGGGCAGUGUUAUACGUUGUCUGUGGAGCUGAGUAAAACUCCUCCCAACAACCGAUGCAGCUUGCUCUGAGGUGCCGAAUGGCUUUGAAGAUUGACAGUGUCCGUCUUUGCAAUUACAACUACCUUUGUACAACUGAGUUCUCCAGAUUGUCAAUUGUGUUCUUACAUUGUAACAAAGGUAUGUAUGGACGAAUCGUUAUACGGUUCCGGAAAGUUACGGUUUUGCAGACUUUGAACAC